GCCGUGUGUUUAUCGAUUCACGAACGUUGGUGCCAAUCAUUGUUUUAUGCAACGGUCAGAUAAAUUGAGGGCGAGCGUUAGCUUGUGCUCGCCACGGUCGAGCCGAGGGAGAGAGAGAGGAGCUCGGAGAUGGGAGCAACCCAGUCUCAGGCAAGACCAAAAAUGCUGAAGCAAGAUCGGCCUGCGAACCCUGUUUAUGGAGGUCAGAAGCCUGGAGGUGCACCUUCAACGCUGCGUAUCCUCAGCAGCAGCCAGAGGAAGUGCGAGAAAGAUGGGAACUUCAACUUUUUGGGACAAGAUGACAGCUCACUGACAGGAGAUGAGAACCGCAACCAGAUGCGCCCCCGAGCUCUGGGUUUGUUAGGUCGCGAUGCACCAAUCUCUGCUAACCACUAUGGGCCUGGACCCCUCUCUCCCCUGUCCCGCCUGCCCUGCUGGAGCCCACUGGAGCCCCUGCCUGAAAUCGAAAGUGGGGAUGACACUGGAGGUAGAGUGCCUCCUGAUGGAGCAGAGGAGGGUAAGAUAGAUGAGGAGAUGAGGAGAGUGAGUGAUGAUGAAAAAGAGAAGGAGUCAGAGGAUCCUGUGAAAGGUGAAGAAGAGGAGGAGGAAGAAGGAGAGGAGGUGAUAGACUGGGACGACAGUGAUGAAGAGUUUGAGUUCAGCUACAGGUCAGGGAGUUCUUCUCCUCUUAGCAUCGAGAGCGGAGAUGUCGCUGGAGGAGAUUCCCUCAACUCCAUUUGGGACCGAGUCUGUGUGGGAGGUCCAACCACAGAAAAUGGGGAUGCGACCACAAGCCCAGAUGGAAAACAAAAGCGGGAAGAGAACAAGGAGGCAGGGGUGCGCCGCAAGAGCCUCGGAGGCUCCAGCCUGCUUGAAGAAGCUUCCUCAGACACGGACAGUGACCCCAGCUCUGAGCUUCCUGAGCUCAUGGAAGCGGUGUGGACCCUCCAAGACCGGGAGAAGUUCAAAGCUCAGGAGAUGGAAAAGCACCACGUCCAGCUGACCAUGUACCGACGGCUUGCUCUAAUCCGCUGGGUGCGCACCCUGCAGAGCCGCGUCCAAGAACAACAGAACCGGCUCCAGUCCAGUUUCGACAUCAUCCUCACCCACAGGAAAGAGCUGCUCCGGAUGGGUGCAGCGGCAGCCACGGCUAGCCAGUAACAGCAGUAUGGAGAUGCACAGAGGAGAGUCAUGAGACCAGCCGACGAUCCAGGCAGAAACAAAGGACUAUGAGCAUUGACGUCAUGUACAGGGAAGAUUCUUCGUUUAUCUCUCAGACUCUUUUAAACCAUCAGUUUUCAGCUCCAGUCCUAGGGAUCCACUGCCUUACACGGUUUCAGGUAUUCCCUACCUGCACUGGGCCAACUCAUCAGCUAAUGAUCAAGUCUUUUAGGAAUUGGAUGAGUUGGAUCAAGAAUGUUGAGCAGGGAAUAUGUAAAAAUUUUGUGGGACAGCAGAUCCCCAGGACUGGAGUUGAGAACCACUGUUUCAAACCAAAUGACCUCCUGCAUUCCAACUCCAACUCCUGUCAUUCAAGUGUUGCCCAUGUCUAUGCUUCAAACUGUGCUUGUUUCUUUGGUGUCAUGUGGUGUACAUGAAGAUUCACUGAAGCAUCGGUGCAGAGCUGUGCAUGCAUGGCUUGUUGUUUCCUGACCAUAUUUGCUCACCUAAAAACCCAGUAUGAAUAUCAGAGUCAUAUAUCAUGAAAAUAUAUGUUCUAAUAUAUUUGAAGAAAAUGCUAUGUUUAUAUAAAUAUCUUUAGCGUCUAUUGGAGUUUAUUAGAUAUGUCUAUUUCUGUGUGUAUGAAUGAAUAAAUUAUAUUUAACAGUUUUA